UCCCAUCUAUACCAUACCAUCGCACUGUCACUCGUGCCGCCACUCCUUCACCCACGCUCUUUACCACCCAUACUUUACCCACUCCUUCACCCGCGCCGCCGUCCGCACCCACACCCUCCACCACCGCCGUCGUCUUCUUCCCACGCGCCGACGAAGCUAAACCGAACUUCUUCUCGCUAAACAAAUACCCGACGACAACAUGUUUGUCCAGUCUACCGCCGUAUUUGCCUUCUUGGCUGUUGCCGCGCAGGUCGUGGUAGCAUCCCCUCCAGCAUGUGUGCUUGCUGCUGUCAACGUCGAGUCCGACCCUGCCGACUUCAAGACGGUCUGCCACUCUAAAAAAGUGCAGUCAUUCAUGAUGGAAAACUGCGGCGAUCACCUCAAAAUGGCACAGGAGUACUUUAUGGAUAUCUGCAAGACCAACGGCAACGAGGUCAAGCUAUCUGGCAAAACCACCUCUUCUUCCUCUUCUAUGACCGAGUCCAUGACCGAGUCCAUGACUGAGACGAUGACCGAGUCGUCCACUGCCACCGAAACCGGUACCGAAACUUCCACUGGGACGAAGCACGCAAGCACUGCUACAGAGACUGCGGCCGUGACGGGCGGCAACACUUAUGGCGGUCCUUCUGGCACGUCUUCUCCCACCGCCAGCGCGACCGGCCCAGGCUCUCCUUCCUACACAGGUUCUGCAUCGAGUGUCGAGCUGGGCAUGGAUGUGCUUGGCAUGGGUGCCUUGGUCGCUUUUGGCGCUGUGUUGGCGCUGUAAAAAGCGUCACAUUUGGGCAUCUUUGAAGCAAGGAAGGGGUUUUUUCUCUGGAGUUUAUUCUUGGGGAGGGGUUUCUUUUGGCUGCAUGUAUGCUUCCCAUUCCGAAUGUUGGCAUAGAAAAGCAGGGUAGGGACACGACUUCAUAUUAAGCAUGCCCCUCGACCUGGAUGGUUUUCAGCAUCGCACUAUUUUUUUUUUCAUGUAUGGUGGACUAAUGGAGAGAAUCUGCUUUGCUCCGAGCAUGAACGGCC